AUGUCCACACUCACCACAACCACAUUGAAAUCUUCCUACCCACCUAUUCUGCCACCUCCAUUCACAGCCAACCAACCACCGACCAUCAGAUUAUAUCCUCUCUCAAACUACACGUUUGGGACCAAAGAGACCCAACCGGAAGAAGACCCUUCUGUCGUGGCCAGAUUGAAGAGAUUGGAAGAACACUACGAGAAAUAUGGCAUGAGACGGACAUGUGAGGGCAUUCUGGUCUGUCAUGAACACAAUCACCCGCAUGUGCUGAUGCUGCAGAUUGCAAAUGCAUUCUUCAAGCUGCCGGGAGACUAUCUUCCUCAUGAUGCGGACGAGAUCGAAGGCUUCAAGAUGCGGCUGAACGAGAGACUAGCACCCUCAAAUCCCAAGGAAGGGGACAUGGAGUGGGAAGUGGGAGAUUGUCUCGCGCAAUGGUGGCGUCCCAACCACGAAACCUUUCUUUACCCAUUCCUGCCAGCGCAUGUCUCGCGUCCCAAAGAACUCAAGAAACUCUACCUCAUACAUCUCCCACCGAAUAAGGAGCUCAGCGUGCCCAAAAACAUGAAACUGCUGGCCGUCCCGCUAUUCGAGCUGUACGAUAAUACCGCACGCUAUGGGCCGCAGUUGAGCGCCAUUCCACACUACCUGUCACGAUAUAGGUUUGAGUUUGUCGACGAGGAGGGGAAUAUAGCGAGUGUUAUGCCUGGUGGGGGCCCUUUGCCUGGGCCGGAGGGGACGGUGGGAGUAAAGAUCUUGGGCGACGGAGAGGUGAAGAUGGAAAAUGGCCAUUGA